AUGGCUUCCGAAACGACUACUUUUAUAAAGCCACCCUCCUCCGCCACUCCUCGUGGGUGGUGGUCGCGACCAAUAGCGACUUUACCGGCUAAAAAUGAUCGUGAAGCCACUUGCGAGGAAUGUGCUGCUUACUGUUCACCCUGUUACGGCGGUUUGUUCACAGUCAUCGUCGUAUUCUCUAUCUUUUCAUCCAUCAACAACGCUCACUUCCAUGCCAAAAUCUCCAUCCAAUCAAUGGCCAUCUCCUCUGGCACGUGGCAAGUCGAUUUCCUCGUGGAAGAUACGAGCCCGAGCUACUCUAUCUACUACGACGCCGAUGACGCUGCCGUGAAGUUAGGUCCUCGAAACGUCGCCUGUUUAAACAUCACUCGGAGUCUUGAUGAUUGUAGAGAUCAACACAGAGCAGCUUUCUCGUUGUUCUUCGUUGCUGAGGAGGGAAAUCGAAGCGUCGUCGUUUCAGAAGAGCUUGAUAUCAAACUCAGGGCGGAGCAUAAGCGUUACGUAAAUUUUGAUGAAGCUGGACACAUUAAUAUACGGUGCAAAAAUCUGACUCGAGGCCUAGAUGAGAAGAUUAUAUGCCAAUCCUAUUUUACCGAAUUGAAGAAGUUACAUAUAAUAACAGAAAAAGGGAGAAUUAGUGACAAGAGUGAGGAUAAUUGA